CAGCGCCGUACGCCGUUGUAAAGUGCGACCAAGUGCAGCGUGCUGUUGUAUUACCUACAGGGAACCCUGGAUUGCUUUCUUACCAAGGGCUCUCCAGCAGGGGGCACUGUGAGAUUUGACACUUCUUCCAGUUGUCCAGUCACGUCUGGUCCACGGACCAGUGCCUCAGUGCAGAUAACUCCAGUUCGGACCAUGAAGAGCUCCCCUGACCUCGUGCCCACUGUGCUGGACCCCAGUCGCGUGUGCAAAGGAAAGGGUACCGUGACACUGAAGGCCACUCUGGUUCAUAUAGAUGAUGAAGACUGCAUCAGCCAAGUGCCUGCAGACACAGCCAUGAGUGGCCGGCUUGACACUGUGAAUGGAGGUGCUACAGAAACAGGACUGACUGAAGGGUGUGUAAACAGUACAGGAGCCAACACAGUUCAAACGAACAAAACACCUCUACAGGUCGACACGUCUGUCAGAUCAGACCAGUCUCACAUCACACCCAACUUGACUGCGUCGUCAUUGGCCAAGGCUACAGUGCCCUACCCACCCACCACCAGUGUUAACCCCACCAUCGUCCUGCUCCAGCACAGCCGAGCUCUUCCAGACCCCACCCCAGAGCGAGGUAAAUUCUACCCUCAGGAGCCAUCAGACAGUCUAGACAGGGGGCUGUGUGAACCCCCUCAGCCCUCUGAGAUGGAUGGCAGAAGGAUGUCGGCUGUAAUCACCCCACCAGAGAGGCCCAGGCCCCCCAUGCGGAACACAGAGAAGUCAAAGGAUUGGUACAAAAACAUGUUCAAACAGAUUCACCGACUUCCAGAGCCCAUAGAGGAAAACCCAUACCGUCCCACCUACGUAUUCCCUGAGUCCAAUGACAGGCCGCUGAGAACCAAAGAUGAUGCUCCAUCCUACGCUUUUGGAGAUGAUGUGCAGAGAAGUGCAGUGGAUGCGGCCAGUUCUAAAUCCAGAGGGCAGGUGCCUGUGCCAACCCGAACGUCUUCCUUAAAACCUCAGACUAAACGGAACGACUGGGAGCCCCCUGAAAAGAAGGUGGACACCAGGAAGUAUCGUGCCGAGCCCAAGAGUAUAUUUGAGUACGAGCCGGGGAAGUCGUCUGUGCUAAGGCUGGAGAGACCGCCACAGGACUUAAGUCCAGAAGAAGUAGAUUUAGAGAAUGAGCCUUGGUAUAGAUUCUUUUCAGAGAUGGAGUUUACCAAAACGAGUGCCCCCUCUUUCAGCCCCUUGGAAACACCCUCCGAACUACAGCAAUACUCUGCCUGUAAACCAGGCCCCAGUGAGAGAGACCGGGAGGGGGCAUCAUCCUCCAGCGACCCUACUGCUCCAGAAUGUGACCGUCACAUUUACAAGAGUGUCCUGGAGGGAGGAGACAUCCCCCUGCAAGGGCUGAGGGCCCUAAACAGACGUCAUACCAGCACCUCCUCCAAAGCGGAUUACAAAGGUGGGAAUGGCUAUUUGACUUCAUCCUGCUCCUCUGUAAAUAGUCGCUCAGUUCUUGCAAGUAAUGCUUUAGCUUCCCAGUGUAAGAAUAAGAAGUCAUUAUAUGCUGCCAAAGCCUGCAUCCCUGAAAUCCUCCCCUCCAAAUUCAAACCCAAGCUGCUGCCCCCCAGUGAUGAGAACCAGAAGAGAAGAACUAAGACCAUGCCCCAUCCUAAAGCACAUAACUCUGAGGAUCUUUACCAGGAGGCCUGCAGCAUAGACAACAGAUGCCGGGGGGCUAGGCCGAAUUCUGACCUUAGGGCUAAUGGUCUGACCGAGGGUGGGAUGGCACAAAAGAGCGGCACUUCCGGAAGGAAUACUGCUGAGUUUUCUGCCCUUUACCGGAACAUGCACCACAUCCAGAGGCCAACCUCCCUAAAUUCAAGCCCCCAGGGUAGCGUCCGCAGUCUGGCCUCCCUCUUCGAAAGGCCAGGGGAUGACGUCAUUGUAGAGAGGGCCGAAGCCGGGAACAUCCCCCGGGAUGCUGUGACCUUCCGAGUGACAGAGUUUGAGCGAAUCAUCCAACAUUCCAAUGCUGCUCCUGUACGUUCUGCUUCAAUGCCCACACUCCACAGCAACCCUAGCCCCGCCCACAGCCCAGCCCCUGUCUGUUACCUGCCAACCGCACUUUCUGCUGAGUCACUGGUCAUCCCUGAAGCACCAUGCACAGAAGGCUGCCCCCUGCUGGACAAGAUACCACCCAAAGAGGAGACUAGUCUGUCAAGAGGUGAAGAAUGCGUGGAUUCCUCUGAGCAUGGAGAUAUGACCAGAUCUGAAAUGUGUCUAGAAAUAGAAGUUGAAGCAGAGAUGGAGGACAGUUGUGUGGGAAAUGCCAUCUCAGAGAAUUCGCCCAGCUCUUCCCCAGUAUCGGUCACCCCACCCUUGGAUCAUCAACAACGCAUCCACCACCACCAUGAUCACCUCUCCACCCAGCAUCUGCACCUUCACCUGAAACACAGCAAGUGUAAAGGAUCUUGCCCUGCCUCCUACACCCGUUUCACCACCAUCCGUCGACACGAACGCCAGCAGGCCACUGCCCUUCAUGACAAGCUGUCGGCCCAGGACAAGAAGAGUGCUUUCCCAGGGAACCUUUACCUCAUGGGUCCUGCACCCUUUCGUUUACGCCGGUCUCUUCACAGUCAUCAAGCCAAAAAAACUUGCGCUGUCUCAGCCACCAAAGCCAUGGCUAGAGAGCCAACUUCAGCCAUUUCAACAUGUAAGAUCUCCUCUCCAGAGCUGAGGCCUCUCCUCCCUCAGCGCCACUCUUCCUGGGAGGUGCUGGAGAGGCUGAGCAACGGGGAGGGCUCACCUACAGAGAGGAGUACCGCUGAUGAUCUCACUAAUGGGGAAAACACAGACGACAAUAAAAACCAUCUGCAGUCCAAGGCUGCUGACUGGCGAGAUUCAGAUUCCUCACAUGCGUUAAGCCAAGGGGACCGUGGAGAGAGCCCAGAUGAGGCCGCGCGAAGACGGUACGGAGAUAAAGAGAAAAUUCUGGAGGAGCAGAGGCGACUGAAGCGAGAACAGGAGGAGGCUGAUAUAGCAUCACGACGGCAUGCCGGCAUUGUUUUGACGCACCACCAGUUCAUUACCAACGACCGCUUCGGAGAUCUGCUCACAAUCGACAACACGGAGAAACGGAAGUCUGGGUCAGAGAGAACGCCUGCCUUGGCCAAAUUUGACUUCAAAGCAGAGAGUCUAAAGGAAUUGCCAUUUCAAAAGGGAGACAUCGUCUACAUCUACCGACAGGUGGACCUGAACUGGUAUGAAGGAGAGCACCAUGGCAGAGUGGGCAUUUUCCCACGCAGUUACGUUGAGCUCCUUCCACCCACAGAGAAAGCCCAGCCUAAGAAGAGUGCUCCAGUCCAAGUGCUUGAGUAUGGAGAGGCCAUCGCCCGUUUUAAUUUCACUGGUGACACGGCCGUGGAGAUGUCCUUCAGAAAGGGGGAACGUAUCACACUGAUUCGCAGGGUGGAUGAGAACUGGUAUGAGGGCAAAAUCUCAGGCACCAACAGGCAGGGCAUCUUCCCUGUCACUUACAUAGAGGUGCACAAAAGACCCCGAGUCAAAAACGGCGUGGACUACCCAGAUCCUCCCCUCAGCCAAUCGCCUCACCGCAGCACAAAUGCCUCCCCACAGCCAAUACGUAACCGGCUUACCACGUCUCCCCUCCCCCUCCCGCGCUCCCCAUGCCGCUCCGUCUCUCCUGAGGUUCACGCCAUCUCCAACGAGUGGAUUUCUCUGACCGUGGGUGGGGGCAGCCCCCCAGCGGCCCCUACCCCUCCUCCCCCUCCCUUGCCCAGCUUGUCCUACCGACUGGGCGAGUACUUGCCCCCCCCUCUGUCUGCCAGCCCCGUGCCCCCUGUCAGUGGGAGCCCCUACGGCAUCUCUCCAACAGCCUCCCCGUCAUCCUCCCCUCUGCCACCCCCCUGCCCACCCCGCCCCAGCUCCGCCACCCCCUUCCUCACCUUCACUCCCCCCCAGGGUGAGGACUUCCUCCUCUCCCCACCCUCCCCCCGCCUGUCCCGCAGCCUGAGUCCCUGUGGGGGGGCUGGGCUGGAGGGAUGGCUGGCAGGUGCCAGCCCCCUGGAGCUGACUGAGGGGAGAGAGGGAGACAGGGGAGGCAGUGGCCGUCAGGUCCCUUAUGACUGGGGGAACAGACCAGUGGAGCCUUUGAAGAGCCAAAGCGACUACCAGGAGCGAUCCUCCAGAAGUCCAGUCAUGUUGUUUGACAUCCCAGACAAUAUGAAUGCAAACUCAUUCACGGAGGCAGUGUGUAAUGAGAUCAUGAAUAUUGCUGAGACCUCAGUGAGGUACUGCAGCACGCUGUCACGUCCCAUAGACUCUGCCCACAAACUCCUGCCUCACCCAAGUAAACACUCUCUCAUCAUUUCCCAGCAACCCCAGUCUCACAGCAGCAGCCCCGAGCCUGGACGUAUGAGCUGCGGAAUUUUCCAGGCUCUAUACAGUUAUGUGCCACAGAAUGAAGAUGAGCUGGAACUCCAGGAAGGAGAUCUGGUCAGCGUGAUGGAGAAGUGUGAUGACGGUUGGUUCGUCGGAACCUCCAAGAGAACGAAACAGUUUGGCACCUUCCCUGGGAACUACGUGAAGGCCGUCAACUUGUAACCUGUAAAACUGUACAGUGUGUCUAAGAAGAUUGUGAAGUUUGCCUUUGGCUGCCUGAAGCAUUUGGCAUAUCAUUACUGU